GAGAGUGAUCUGUGCUCUUCCUUUUCUUUUUGCAUUUUACUGUUCGUGUGAGGACGACGAGAGGCCAAACAAACAAAAAGACCAUGAAUAUAUCAGAAGAUUCCUUACGUAAAACUAUAUAGUGUAUUUUUUGAAUCACUCAUGGCUAAUGAAUGAUUGAAGAUGUAUCUUCUCUUUUUCUAACCCAAUAAUAUAAAUGGUGUUAUUAGGUCAAUUGAUAGGCUUUGUAUUAGUGGCAGUAUGCUGGGGCUCCACUAAUCCAUUCAUUAAAGCGGGGAGUGAAGGGUUAGAAAGGAUAUCGAAUCAAUACGCUGAUCAAGGCUUUAAGAAAUGGUUAGCAGAGAUGAAAUAUCUAUUCACAAGAUGGCAGUAUGUUCUACCGCUAGCGCUUAACCUAAGUGGAUCAGUCGUUUAUUACUAUACACUAGGAAAAUCAGAUAUGUCACUUGCUGUACCGAUUGUGAACUCAAUGACAUUCGUCUUUCAAUUGCUGACGGGCUUAUGCUUAGGCGAAAGUAUGGGCGGGAAAGAUGCUUGGCUUGGAAUAAUAUUGAUCUUCAUUGGUGUCAUCAUAUGUGUAAGUCAAAAGUAACAGACUUAAUACGAUGGUUUAUUUAUACUUGCAUGACAGACAAGUAGAAAUUUUUUUUUUUUAAAAAAAAAAAA